GUUUCAUUUUAUUUUUUUAUUUUUAGAAAAUAAUUUUUUUCAAGGAUCAAUUGCAUUGACAAAAUCUUCUAAAUCAAAACAAAUAAAACAAAAAUAAAAAAGAGUUAAGUAAAAAAUAAAUCAAUGAAAAAUAAAUAAUUUGUUUAAUAAUUAAAAAAUAUUUAUUUUGUCUUUUAGACAUGGUGGUUGGUGGAAAGUAACAAAAUUUCAUGAAAUAAAUGGAAAUGUUGCAAUUGAAUUUGGUACAAAUAGUUAUGUUCAUACAUUAGAUAAUGGUCUAUUUUGUAUUGGUUCACCACGGUGA